UCUCCAUUCUCAAAUCAUUGUGCGCUUGCACUAAUCCACUCCUCCGCGAUCUCUUCUCUUCUUCUCUAAAUUCCUCUCAUGGCCGUCGCCACCGCCGCACUCUGGCUCGAUCCGGGCCUCACGCCAUCCCACAGUAUCAUAUCAAAGGGGCAUUCGGCGCUGCCGAGCAGAAUAAGCGCCCGUUCAUGCUUGGGCAAAGGCAAGCCUUUGGAUCUGGCCUUGUCUUCUCUUGUCUCGGGGAAUCGGCCUUGUUUGUUUCCGGUGGCUUCGGCGGUGUCGUCUACGACGGAGGUGGAGGCUGGUGGGGUUGUUGAUCGUGUGGGAGAGUUGAGCCAGGUGACUGGGGUGCUGGGGUGUCAGUGGGGGGAUGAGGGCAAGGGGAAGCUCGUGGAUAUUCUUGCCCAGCAUUUCGAUGUCGUUGCUCGAUGUCAGGGUGGAGCAAAUGCUGGGCAUACCAUCUAUAAUUCUGAGGGCAAAAAGUUUGCCCUCCACCUUGUUCCAUCUGGCAUCCUUAAUGAGCAAACUAUUUGUGUGGUUGGUAAUGGAGUUGUAGUUCAUCUUCCUGGUUUUUUCAAGGAAAUUGAUGGUUUGGAGGCAAAUGGUAUCUCUUGUGAGGGAAGGAUAUUGGUUUCUGAUCGGGCACAUUUGUUAUUUGAUUUCCAUCAAGAAGUGGAUGGACUAAGGGAAGUUGAGCUAGCCAAAUCAUUUAUUGGGACAACCAGGAGGGGAAUUGGGCCCUGCUAUUCCAGUAAGGUUAUACGAAAUGGAAUAAGGGUUUGUGAUUUGAGGCAUAUGGAUACUUUUGGUCAGAAGCUUGAAAUUUUACUAAAGGAUGCAGCUUCACGGUUUGAAGGGUUUAAAUAUAGUGCCGAUAUGCUGAAGGAGGAGGUGGAAAGAUACAAAGGAUAUGCAGAGCGUUUGGAACCCUACAUUACUGACACUGUCCAUGUCAUGAACCAAUAUAUCCUGCAAGGUAAGAAAAUAUUGGUUGAAGGUGGCCAAGCAACCAUGUUGGACAUUGACUUCGGAACAUAUCCAUUUGUGACUUCUUCAAGCCCUUCCGCUGGUGGCAUUAGCACAGGCCUUGGCAUUGCCCCAAGAAGCAUAGGCGACCUUGUUGGAGUGGUUAAAGCAUAUACUACAAGAGUUGGCUCAGGUCCUUUUCCAACUGAGAUCCUAGGUAAAGGUGGCGAUCUCCUUAGGAUUGCUGGGAUGGAGUUUGGGACAACUACAGGUCGUCCUCGACGAUGUGGCUGGCUUGAUCUGGUUGGACUGAAAUACUGUUGUCAGAUAAAUGGUUUUUCAACACUCAAUCUCACCAAGCUUGAUGUCCUUUCGGAUCUUCCGGAGAUCAAGUUGGGUGUUUCUUACAAGCUUAUUAAUGGACAGAGUAUAGAAUCCUACCCUGCAGAUCUGAAUGUUUUGGAACGCUUACAGGUUGAGUAUGAAGUUUUGCCUGGUUGGCAGUGUGAUAUCUCUUCCAUCAGAAAUUACAAUGAUCUCCCCCCUGCUGCUUGUCGAUAUAUCGAGAGGAUAGAGGAACUUGUUGGUGUCCCCAUACAUUAUAUUGGCGUCGGACCUGGUCGUGAUGCCCUGAUAACUAAAUAAGUUUGCCCUAUAAGGCAAAUUUUUCUCACCGACCUGGAGAUGUUUUUGCCAUGUUUUAUUUAUUGUAACUUGAAUAAUUGCUCUUGUCAUGAAGAACUCAUACCCAUAUAAUACUGGAAGUCUUAAGUUACAACUCUGUCUUAUAUUUUGCUGAAAUUGUUCACUGUGAUGUUGUUGCUUUA